CGAGGCGCCGGCUUUGCGCGUGCGCGUGGUCGCCUAGCGACGGGCUAACACAGCGAGCGAUGGCGGAGGAGCGCGGGGACUUGCCUCGUCUACAGCUCGAGUCCAUCAUCGGCUUCAACGGCAAAGUACCUUCUGGCUUGUCUGUGCAUCCUGACUGUGAAAAUAUAAUAUACCCCCUGGGAUGUACAACCAUAAUACAAAAUCUGAACAGCGGCCAACAGUCCUUCUUGGAAAGUCAUACGAACAAUAUAUCCGUUGUAACGGUUAGUAAGAGUGGGAAGUAUAUUGCCACAGGACAAGUCACCUACAUGGGUUUCAAGGCUGAUAUUCUUAUCUAUGAUUAUUAUGAAAAAUCGGUCCACGCAACUAUGACUCUUCACCAAGCUAAAGUUGAAGCAUUGGCAUUUUCUCCAAAUGAGCGCUACUUGGUAUCCGUUGGAGGUCAGGACGAUGGCAGUGUGGUUAUGUGGAAUGUUGCAACAAAAACAUCUAUCUGUGGCCAUCCUGCGACCGUUCCUACUGCAGGAAAUGCGCUGGCCGUUAAAUUCGCCAACCACAUGGAUGAUGUCUUCAUUACAGCAGGAACCGGUACACUUCGUCUCUGGCUCCUGGACUUGCCCAACAGAAAGAUUCGUCCCACCGAAUGUCAGACUGGAGUGUUAAAAAGAAUGAUCAACUGUGUCGAAGUAACAAAAGAUGAUAGUUUCUGCUAUUGUGGAACGACUUCUGGUGAUAUUAUGAUGGUCAGCAUGAAAACCGGUCUUCUUAACAAUUAUGGGCCCAUUAAGGAUAAAUUUAGUUUGGGAGUUACUGCAAUAGUGGAACUGAAGUCAGGAGAUCUUCUUAUUGGAUCUGGAGAUGGUAUUGUAGCUCUCUGUAAAGCACCAAAGUUCAAACCACUCAAAAAAAUCACUGUGGAUGGCGGGAUUACUUCAAUUAGUCUUCGUGGUCAAGGGCACCAAUUCUUUCUUGGUACUCUGGCCUCCCAGAUAUAUCGAUGUAACUUCACUGAGUUCAAAGAGGAGCUGAUCUCUACUUGUCACAGUGACUCUGUCCUUAACGUAACAUUUCCCUGUGGGACGUCAGACCUUUUUGCAACAUGUUCCAAGGCUGAAAUAAGAAUCUGGCAUACCCCGACCAAUAAAGAGCUACUGCGAAUUGUUGUGCCUAACAUGACAUGCAAUUCCCUUGAAUUUAUGCACGAUGGGAGGAGCAUUAUUAGUGCUUGGAACGAUGGGAAGAUUCGAGCUUUUACUCCAGAGACUGGCAAAUUAAUGUAUGUGAUCCACAACGCUCACCAUGAUGGUGUCACGGCAAUUGCAAGCACUUAUGAUGGCAAGAAAAUAAUCAGUGGCGGUGGUGAAGGACAGGUGCGUGUGUGGGAGAUUGGUGGAAAAACCCAGAGGCUGAUUGAAGCUCUAAAGGAACAUUCAUCAACUAUUUCAUGCAUUAAAGUUAAAAAAAACAAUGAAGAAUGUGUAACAGCGAGCUUCGAUGGUACUUGUAUCAUCUGGGAUUUAAUUCGAUAUGCAAGAAAUCAAAUGUUUUUGGCCAACACCCUUUUCAAAGUUGUCUGUUAUCAUCCUGAUGAAUAUCAAAUAAUAACCAGUGGAAAAGACAGGAAGAUUGGGUAUUGGGAAGUAUUUGAUGGAUCUCUAAUCAGAGAGCUGGAAGGUUCUUUAUCCGGUUCUGUUAAUGGAAUGGACAUCACUGCAUGUGGUGACUUCUUCGUAACUGGAGGUGACGACAAAUUGAUAAAAUUCUGGGCAUACCAUGAAGGUGAUGUGGUACAUAUUGGAAUAGGUCACAGUGGGAGCAUCAACCGUAUUAGAAUCUGUCCCGCUGCGAAACACAUUAUCAGUGUUAGUUCAGAUGGAGCUAUUCUACGAUGGAGAUAUCCUCAUGCAGACUAAUUCUCAACUCACUUCAUGACAAAUGACCAGAUUACUUCAAAUUUCAGACGAUAAAUUUCCAUGAAAAUUCUUCUCUGGAUUUCAGCGAGACAACUUCCAAUAACUUGUCCCAAAACAUCUAAUUCCUUUAGAAAUUAAUUAACAUUUUUUGUACCUUUGUUAUUUAAUAUUAAUGUUGUAAUUUUGAAGAAAUCCUCUUCACAAACAAUGCAAUUGUAAAUGUCCUGAAAGUGAAAACAUUAAAAAAAUAUAUAUAUUUCCAUAAAUAGGAAAGUAAUUAAUGUUUGCUUCAAUAACUUGUGAUUAUAUAUUAUAAACCAAUUUCCAUGUUGCUCAGCACUAGCUUUUUAGGAGAAUUUUCUACUGCUGGUAUCUUGAUGUAGCUAUAAUCUUGAAUGAUCCAUAAUUUUUAUUACAAUUCAAUUUAUGAAAGAAAUAAAAUAAAAUUUAACAUCA